GCAACGCAGACUGCAUUUCUCAUUUUCUCAUCUCUCUUCGUGCGUGAUCUCUCUUCAGUCUACCCCAUCCUUCUAUCCCAAACUCAUCAUUUCUCAUUUUUUAGUAUCUGUAAACACUGUUGGAGUAUAAUUUUCCCCGUUUGCACGCUAAUCAUGGAUUUCUCCCGUGGCGAACCCGUCUCUCCCUCGGCCCUCGUCAUCGCCGAGCUGCGCCAGCACCGCACCGUCCCCGAGUACACGGGCGGGAUGCCGGAUGAGGAGGGCGUCUUCAUGGAGAAGGAUUUGGCGCGCGAUGCCCCGUGGAAGCGCAUCCAGCAGAACACGUUCACGCGCUGGGCCAACGAGCAUCUCAAAACCGUGCAUCUGGGUGUACGCGAUCUGGAGACGGAUUUCAGUGAUGGGUUGCUGCUCAUCGCCCUGGUGGAGGUGCUCAGUGGACGGCGCCUGCCCAAGCACACCAAGAAACCCGUGUUCCGCUCGCAGAAACUGGAGAAUGUCAGUGUGGCGCUGACGUUCCUGGAGGAGGAAGAAGGCCUGAAGCUGGUUAGCAUAGACAGCACGGACAUUGUGGACGGUCGACUGAAGCUGAUUCUGGGGCUGGUGUGGGCGCUGAUCCUGCACUAUUCCCUAUCCAAACCGAAGUGGGAGGGCGAUCCGGACAGCGAUGGACCGGAGAAGAAGCUGACGCCCAAACAGCGCCUGAUCACGUGGUUCCACCACAAGAUGCCGCAGCUGCCCAUCUCCAACUUCACCACCGACUGGAACGAUGGACGCGCGUGCGGCGCCCUGGAUAACGCCGUCGCGCCCGGUUUGUGUCCGGACUGGAAAGACUGGGAUCCGCGGGACGCCCUGCGCAACGCCACGGAGGCGAUGAGUCUGGCGGAGAAGUGGCUGGGAGUGCCGCAGCUGAUCAGCCCGGAGGACAUGAUCGACCCCAACAUCGACGAGCAGAGCAUGAUGACCUAUCUGGCGCAGUUCCCCAUCGCCAAGGUCAAGGCCGACGCGCCGCUACGCACGCCCACCACCCGCAAACCCAGCCAGCUGUCCGUCCGCUCCAGCGUGGUGACGCGGCCGGAUCUGGUGAAGUGCAGUGGCCGCGGCAUCCAGGCGGACGGCAUCCGCACCGGCGACGUGGUCAACAUCCGCAUGGCCACGGGGGCCGCCGGGCUGGGCGACGUGGACCUGUCCAUCAUGGCGCCGGACGGGUCGCUGGAGAAGUACGACAUGCAGACCAGUGAGAAUCUGUACGAAGCCUACUACUGUCCCUCGCUGGAGGGGCGCUACGUCAUCAGCAUCCUGUACGGCGGCCGGCAUGUGCCGCGCUCGCCCUUCCAGGUCAACGUCAAGCCGGCCAUCGCGUCGAACAUCCGCGUCUACGGCCCGGGACUGUCGGCCGGCGCCGUGGGCUACCCGGCCAAUCUGUAUGUGGAUAUGAACGGCGAAGCGGGGAUGCUCAGCUUCUUGAUCGAGGGUCCCAGCGAAGUGAAGAUCGACUGCAAGGACCGCGAUCUGGUGGCGUACGCCACGUACUGGCCGACCUGCGCCGGCGAGUACGCCGUGCACAUCCACUGCGACAACGAGGACAUCCACGGCAGUCCCUUCAUGGCGGAGAUCAGCCAGCUCCCGGCGGGCGUCAAUCCCGACAAAGUGCGCGUAGAACUACCUUUGCGGGAGGGCGUGGCCAUCGGGCAGCCGGUGGAGAUGGUGGUGCGCACGCGCGACGCCGGGAAUGCUCCCCUGGAAGUGCUGGUGACGGACGGGGAGUUUGAUGUGUUGGUCAAGAAGGAGGAGGUGGAGCCGGGGGUGUGGCGCUUCGUGUUUACGCCGGAUAACGCCGGGAUGUAUGUGGUGCUGGUGAAUUUUGCCGGGGUGGCCGUGGGCGGGAGUCCGUUCAAUAUUCCCGUUCGUAGUUCCACGGCGGUUGGCCCGUCUCUCUUGUCACCGCGGUCCUCGCGUUCCAACGAUAAUUUCCUGUCCAGCUUGGAGAUGAGUUCACUGCGGAUUAUCGGCUUCCAGCCAAAUGUGGCAUUGAAUACGCUGAGUGAAUUUCUGGUGGAUUGUCGUGAUGCGGCGGUGGGGGAUAGCGCCGCGCUGAAGGUGUUCAUUCAUUCGCCCAGUGGAAUUUCCGGUGAAGCGCUGGUAUCGGAAAAGAGCCCGGGAUUGUAUAACGUCUCCUGCAGUGUAUUUGAAGAAGGACCGCAUACGCUGAGCAUGUCGCUGGACGGUCUGCCGGUCCGCGGUCAGCCCCUGAUUAUCACCGCCGGAAAUCCAUCCGGAAAUUAUUCUCUGCUGAAGAACAGUAACGGAUUGGCCGGUGGCCAGAAAACCGAGGAUUAUUCCGUCUCGGAGGAGAUGUCCGGCGACGGGACGACGAUUAUCCGGCGCGAGACGCGGCUGGUGCGCGAGACGGUGUCCAGUGUGUGCACGGAGAGCAUUCUCGGAAGCAGUACAAGCAGCGUGCUGAACGGGGUGCCGAGCGCCAUGGCGGCGCUGGAGUUGGCGCAGGGCGACGCCUCCAAGGUGGUGCUGGUGGGGGAGGGCGUGCAGCGGGCCCGCGUCAACCAGGUCAACACCUUCACGGUCCGCGCUGACGCGGCCGGCUACAACGUGCUGCUGGUGGGCGUGUACGGGAAAAUCCUCAACGCGCACGAAGUGAAGAUGACGUAUAAAGGUCAAGCCACUUACGAGGUGACCUAUGAGUUGAAGGAGCGCGGGGAAUAUCUGCUGAUCGUCAAAUACGGGGAUGACCACGUCAACGGUAGUCCGUUUAUUCUGCAGUGCCAGUAAAUUGUUUCUCAUUUAAACGUUCCGUGGAAUAAGCACAGAUUAUUUUUGUAUUUUAAUACUGACAGAUUUGUUUUUGUUAACCAAAUUGUGGCUGAGCAAAAUACCUCGAAUUGUUAGAUACUUUUGUUAAUUUUUGAGCACACAGUGAUGGUGAAGAUUUCCGUUCAAACCAAAUAAUUCUAUGGUGGCGGGGAGAUUUUGGGAUUCAGUUAAUUUGGUGCAAUAAAUU